AUGAUUCGAAAUAUCUUGAACAGGUGCACAAAUUGCGAAAUUUCGGCUCUCAAGACUCCUUAUAAUGGGAGACCGUCGUUGGGAACCUCACUUUUCGGUCCCAGCCGCCGCCGCGCCUCGGGUUUGUUUUAUUUCAAUUGUUUUUCGAUGAUUUUCAACUUCAACCUGAAGUUCGAAUCAUAGGAUGUUCAGGCUAGGGUGUAGAAAACAGAAUUUAAUUUUAAAAAACCUGUUUUUUGCUAUUAAAAAAAUAAUUUUUCGUUUCAGAAAUGCUGUUCUUGGUGGCUCUUCUUUUCAGCGUCCAGACGUCGGAGGCGGUCAUCAGAGGGGACCUCAACUGUACCUCUUACAAUGGUACCGCCGUGAGUUUUUCAAAAAGUUAUGAAUUUCGGUCUGGAAAUUGUUAAUUUAGACAUUCAAAGAAACACGCGAAGUUGAAAAAAAACCAAAAUUUUGAAGGAAAAUUAGAAAAAAAAAACAAAAAAUACCUACUGAUGCUGUUACAAAUUUCAAAACUUUUGAAGCGUAAAGUGAAAAAAAAAAGCUAGAAAACUUCGAAAUUCGAAGAAUAUCCAGCUUGGAACACUCAUUCACUAGUAACAGAGAAUUUUCGCGGUUUUCGUUAUUCAAAAUUCCCGUUUUUUCAUCGAAGAUAGCUAUUUUGAGCUUACGAAAAUGCCUUUUUAAAGCUAAACUUAGCUAGAAAAUCUUCUGUUGACAGAAUGCAGUUGAAACCUGAAGAAAAAAAAAAUCAUUUCUGUCAAAAAGUGCCCAAAUAAUCCCGAUAGUUACCUUAAAGACUGAAAAUAACUCUUAAAACGGCUCUUUGCCUCGAGACGUUUUCAAAACUUUGCCAUGCUCCUUUAAUAGUUCCCACUUUUGCUUAUUCUUUUCUCCAAACUUCAAAUAAACCUAUAAAGAUGCCUAUCUUUUGAACAAGAACUCAACUUCCAAAAAGUACCGAUCAAAAUCUUGCAGUUCGUGUACUCGAACGCGGCGACGAUCUGCCAGAACACGCUGUCGGAGAACUCCUGCAACGCCCUUUACCCGACGGCCCCGGCUGGAGGACCUCUUCCAGCUCCCGGCAACGACAUCGCCCGCCCGACCAACUGUUACACGACGACCACCGCCACGCCGGCUCCCAUCAACAACGACAUGAAGAACACGGCGAUCAAGAACUGUCCCAGAACCUGCGGAUACUGCUGUCAGACGCCGUCCUACAGCUGCGCCAACGCUCAGUGUCAGUUCCAAUUUUUCUUUUUCCCAAGCUUUAAAAGUCAUUAUAGAUAGAAGCUUCUGAAGAUUUCACAUAAAACUUUGACUCCGCCCCUUUUUAGGAUUACGGUAGCGGAAAAACUUUACUGUAUCUCCUGCUUCAAAUCGAACAUAACCCUCUUAAAAUACCACCUCUUCAGACCCCAGCAUGAACUGCGCCACCAUCACCAACUCUCAAUGUCUCGACCCCAACUGGAGAUCUAUCAUCGCCGCCAACUGUCCGGCCGCCUGCGGACUCUGCAACACCGGUAUUUUCUUUAAAAUGCGAACACUUUAUGAUUGAAAACUAUGAAGGUGGAUGUGUUGACGCCGUCGUCGACUGCGCCAACGACAUCAGCAUCUGCAACUCCGUCGGUCUGCAGAGUUUCGUCAAUGUGAGGACCUUUUUUCUAACAUAAGAUUGAUGAAAUUACAUUUCUCAAACUAUGAGAAAGAUCUUCGAAAUUCUUACCGUCCUCAUGACCUACUGAGAAACUGUCCUACUUUGCAGACCUACUGCCAAAGAACCUGCGGACGCUGUGCCUCGACGACCAAGGCCAGUAGCCUCUCCAGCAGCACCUGCACAUCUUACAUCGCCAACAGCAGCCCUAAGUAUGCUUUUCUGACUCCAAGGGACGGGAUUUACUGGUUUCAGUUCACAUUUUAAAAAAAAGGUCGUUUUUCUGUGGAGAGAGGAGAAUUUUCAUAUGAAGUGGAAUAGCUCCUCCGAGAAAAAUGAACAAAAUCUGAACGAAAUUCAUUUCUUGAAAGCCUUAGUAGCAGCUUGAACAUAUAAAAAUGGAGAAAAUUGACUUUUUUCAAUACCAAAAAUGCAGUUUUUACACAGAUCUCGAACCUAGCCAUGAAGAAAUGACCAAGAAGGCCUUCAAAGAAAAAAAUGACUUUGGAAACUCGGACUUUUAUUUUUGAAAUUUUGAGAUUAAAAAUUGUACUUUCAAGACUACUAGAACAGUCUACACUUUAUCUUGAAGUUCAUCGAAUGCCAACUGUAUUUUGCGACUUUGAGAAACCUUUUUGAACGCGUCUUCAUUGAAAAAAAUUUAGAAAAAAAUGAUGAAAUUUUUCAAAAAAAUGUCUAGUUGAUGAGAAGAGACUGAAAGAAGUCAUUAAACAGUUUAAAUAGAAAGAAAACAUUGACAGCCUGAAGAGACGCCAGGGAAAUCGAGACGUUCUGGUGUCUUUUCAAGCCAUUUUUCUCUCGCUUCUGCAUAUUUUUCAUUGAUUUUCGGAUCUUCCAUCCAAUCUCAAUAGAUUUCACUCGGCGCAAUUAUAAUAUUUUUAUCCUUGAUUUUCCAAAAAUGGUCUUUUUCCAGCUGCGUUUCGUGGGCGGCCAACGGAUUCUGCUCCAACUCCUUCUACACUCUCGCCCAACGCAAAGCCUACUGCGCCACGUCGUGCAGAAUCUGCUAA